CAAUGACAGUUAUUGGUUAUUGGCACGAUGACCACAUACACGAGUCUGACCAAUCAGGAGAUGAGGGGGCGUUCCCAUCGGCUUCAUUCUCCACUGCUGUGCUGGACCACAACAAACAGCGACGACAACGAAUGUUAAGCAAGUAAAACAAAUAACAGACGGCUGCAAAUAUGGGCAAGUUCCAUUCUCACAUGGCUAACCCAAAAGACGAAAGUCAGGAUGCGCUGACAGCUUCUGACGGGGAUGAGGAUGGAAAGAAUGGAGACGUUUCUCAGUUCCCCUACGUGGAGUUCACUGGACGGGACAGCGUGACAUGUCCGACAUGUCAGGGCACCGGCCGUAUACCACGAGGUCAAGAGAAUCAGCUUGUGGCUCUGAUUCCAUACAGCGACCAAAGGCUCAGGCCGAGCAGGACAAAGCAGUAUGUCACGAUAUCAGUGGUCCUCUGCCUGCUGCUGUCUGGCCUCGCUGUUUUCUUCCUAUUCCCUCGCUCUAUUGAUGUCUCCUAUGUGGGAGUGAAGUCCGCCUACGUCUCCUAUGACCUGGACAAACGCAUCGUUUAUCUCAACAUCACAAGCACCCUGAACAUCACCAAUAAUAACUACUACACCAUAUCUGUGACCAACAUCACAGCCCAAGUGCAGUUCUCCAAGACGGUGAUAGGCAAGGCCAAGUUGAACAACAGCUCAAUGAUCAUACCACUGGAUGAGCGGCAGAUUGACUACACAGUUCCCACCACCAUUGCCGAUGAGAUGAGUUACAUGUUUGACUACUGCACCUUGCCAACCAUCAAAGUUCACAACAUUGUGGUCAUGAUGCAGGUGACGGUGACGACUUCGUACUUCGGCCACACGGAGCAGGUCUCCCAGGAGAUGUACCAGUACGUGGACUGUGGGGGGAACACCACGUCCCUGCAUGGUCAUGUUCAGGUCUACCAAUAAAAAGAAACAGAAGGAGCCCAAGCAUUAAAACACUGCUGUGGCUGAGGGUCUAACAGAAAAACAGGCUGACUUCCACGAGGCAAAUCCUUGCACAAUGACAAUGAAAUAAUGCAUAGGGACAUAACUUUUGUUAAACUAGUCAUUGGCUCAUCCAUUCUUACUAUUCCCAAACACUUGCACGAGCUUCUUUGGGUUGAAACUUGUCAAACAGGCUGUUAAAAGUAGAGAAGACAUAUUUUGCAUUACUUGCCUCAAGGUUUGUUGUCAUUUUUCACCCAGGUGCCAACAAAAUAAGUUAUGUAAUUUAACAUUCACAUAAAUGGAUAACAUUCCCAUCAUGUUUUCACUGUGAUUCCUGAACAAUUACAUUUCAGAAAGCAUUAGUUUCAGAUAUGAUGCACUUUAACUAGCGAUGCACCAAUCAUUCGGCCGAAACCAAAGUCAUAUAUUUUUUUGCCUUUGAAAUUUACAAACAUGCCGCAUAAUGGCUAGGUUAUGGUCACACAAACACACACUCACAUCAUAUCGUCAUUAUUUAUGGUAAUGACAUAAAGUGUGUUAUUAUACAGAUAUGUUUGGACUGUAACUGGGCACAGUUUUGGAGAACAUGUUAGUUAAUGGUAAACAUAUGUAUUGUAAACAUUAAAUUCAACUUUUAUUAUCAGGAAAGUUACAAAGCUGUUUGUGUAAAUUAUAGUUCUUGUUGAUAGAAAGGAAAUCUAAACCAAUAGGUCAGACUUUAAAAAUGAUUUCGACCAACAAUGUGCAGUUGGUGCAUCUCUAACUUUAACCUGGUCCAUAUCUAUAGAUAUGAAUGAUUGUAGAAUGAGUAUCACCUAUUACUCUAUACCACUUUUAAUGAAAAAUACAACCAAGGUUCAAGAGUGGGAAAAAAAAAAUCUUGCUGCUUCUCUUUUUGCUGUCACUUUCUCUUCUUUUAUUUUGCUUUAUAGAAAUAUGAUUCUUUAUUUGUGUAGCACUAAAUAGAUGAUGUUUUAUAUUGUA